AUGGGAAGUCAUCGCUUCUCCCCAAUUACGCCCGACGACCACGCUGGGUCGGUAUGGAUUGCAACUCUGCUAUGUCUCAUCUAUUCGGUCGUCACAUUGGCGUUGAGGGGUCAUCUAAGGUGGAAGAUGUAUGGGUUGGAUGAUUAUCUUGCCCUGACCGCAACCGCAAUUCAAGUGGGACAGGUGGUGGCGGUGAUUGUUGGACUGCAUCAUGGGUUGGGAAAGACACAAGAGCUUCUGCGUCAGGAUGAGCUUGCAAAAGCCAGCCGAGCAACUUUUGCUGCCCAAAUCCUGUUCAUCAUGUCCGCCACUAUAACGAAAGCCUCCACACUGUGUUUGAUGAUGAGGCUUUUCAACUUGGUCGGCCCACGAACAGCAAAAGAUUUGCGGUCCAAAGUUCUAUACUGGAUCAGCCUUUCUGUCUUGUGCGGAAUGGGCCUCUGGGGUAUCUUGUCUAUUGUCGCCGUGUCGGUCAAUUGCUCCGUUCCUGGCUUUAUCCAAGGAGACCGUGCGCAAUGCGGUGAUCAGUUCCUUCGCUGGCAGUUAAUUACCGCCUUUGACGUGGCGACAGAAUGCAUUUUGGUUUUGAUCACGGUCUUCGUUGUUUGGCCUGUACACCUGGCUCUGUCAAUGAAAUUUCAGGUUGUGCUUGCCUUUGCAUUCCGGCUACCUGUGGCGAUGCUUUCGAUCCUCCACCUCCAUUAUGUCGCCGUCUAUACCGGCUCGGACAAUCCGGGCAUCGCGAUUGUGUCCGUCAUCGUGAUCCAAGAGGUGCAGCUGUGCUGGUCGCUCAUUUCGGCCACCAUCCCCAAUCUCAAGUCGUUCGUUCGCAGCUUCAGCAGCGGAUUCGGCAUCCAACUCGACCCUUCCGUCACGCAGGCAUACGGCUCUGGAAGGAGCUCAGGCCGCGGUUCUGGGCGUGGAUCCGGACGGCUGGGGCGACUCAUGAAUGCUUUCGAGCUGAGCUCUGUCCUCCCGGGCAAUAAUGGCACAGCGAAGUCCAAGUCUGCGAGAAGGUCCUACCACGACGCCGAGCAAUAUCCGCCAAUUCCCGAGCAGGAUCCCCGUGUCUGCAAGCCUACUAUGAUGAGAGAGAACGAUUCAAUCCAUAGUGGGGGCAGUCAAGAUCACAUCAUCCGCAAGGACGUUCAAUGGAAUAUUCAGUACGAAGCAGACCAAGGGAGAGCUUGA